CUUCUGCCGCCAAUUUCAAAGAAAAACGAAUAAAACGCGAUAAAAAUCAGCCCACGUCCACCUCCAAUUUUCCUCUAACACCCACGUCUCUCCUCUACUUAUUCUCACCAAAUUUUUUAAUUUCCCCCACUUUUCCCCAAUUUCAAAUUUUCAAAAUUUCCCUCUCUGCAUAACUUCCAAUUUUGGCAUUCAAAAAUUCUAAAAAUCAAAAUGAAUUCCGGCGAGAGAUGUGAUUGCGGCGGAGAAGACGAGUGCACAACUCCGAGGAGUAGAGAGUGCAGGAUACCAGUGGUUUUUGUUUGCCCUCCGCCUCCGAGAAAGAAAGCUGUGGCCGGAGCUAAGCGGGAUCCACCGUUGAACGGGUAUUUUCAACCGCCGGAUCUUGAUCUAAUUCUGCUUUGCAAUAUGCCUUCUCGAAGACGGGAAGCUUGGGCUUAAUCAAUUAGCGAAUAUUGUUUGUUCAAUUUAUUGUGUUUUUCUUGUUUGUGUUUUGUUAAUUAGGUUUUAGAUUAAUAUAUUAUUGGAUUAUGGUUACUGUUUGGGUACAUAUUUUUGUUAAUACUUGUUAAACAUUUUUUCCCUUAUUACAAAUUGUAGUUUAAAUUCUUCAAGUUACAUAUUUAAAUUGUCUUCA